UAAUGUGUAGUUUAAUUUAGAUAUAUAUAUAUAGUAUGCGUAUGAUAUAGUCAACACCUGGUCUAGCAUGUCGGGUAAUGGUGAAGGGAGCAUACCUCUAUGAUUCACACCUGUAUAAAAGUAUCUAGGUUGGAUACCGCGGCCCCAAGACGUUCCUAGCUGUGGGGAAAUGUAAAUAGCUGACCCCUGUCUAUCGCAGAGGGAGAAGUGUCACUAACGCGUGUGUGUAUAUGCAGAUAGACGUGUCGAUGUUCAGAGCGUGUACGUAUACCAUAUCAGGAGAAUUCUACAGAGAACUACGUCAUUGACUUCAUUCACAUGUUUGGAGAGGCAUGUGACCAAUUAUCGUCACUGUCCUUAAAUGUUUAUACUUUUCUGUAAGAUAGUUACGGUUCUAAUCCGCGGGAACUAGUAAGGAGCCCUUCGGAGGAUUUGUAUUCGGUACUCGCGCUGUUCGGGAGGAUCGUGAACCUCUGUAGUAGUGUACAAUAAGUACACCUCUCUGAUCGCCUGGUCGGGAGGAAUCUCCCUUCACCUGUCCCUGACCGUCAACAGAGCUGUAUUUUGGGAACAUUAACACGUGCUUACCAUUUAGGCGGAGCGUACCUGUCUGAUCCCCGGGCACCUGUCGAGGAACAUCAGCCGUGCUCUUCACACGUUUUCGGGAGGGACAUGUAACGUUGAGAUAGAAACGCCCGCCACUGUGUGAGGGAUUCCGCUCAGUUAUGCGGAGCGUACCUGUCUGAUCCCCGGGCACCUGUCGGUGAACAUCAGCCGUGCUCCUUAAACGUUUUCAGGAGGGACAGGUAACAACGUUGAGACGGAAACACCCGUCACUGUGUGAGGGGUCUCGAUUCGGAGUAUAGUAUUACUGUAUACGGACAGGGGAAUUCUGUGUCGUAUGUUGAUACGGGUACUGAGUUGUUUCACAGCUCAGUUCUCACGUGUUUGUAUAUAUACCUGUGAUACCUAGCUAUACACACUCUGGAUUAGAUGGUGCUUCUCCUGAGACGACACCUUUGCUUCUUGUGAUCGAUCAGCAUAUAUCUACCAUGGGACGUGAACUUUACUACAGGUUUCUGACCAGAUCGCCCCGAGAAACAUUGUCUAGACCGACAAUCUACAGAGGAACAGUUAACCCACCAAACAGAGGGGUGGCAUUGAAAUGAUCAUGGUUUCAAAAGACCAGGUAAAUUUCCUAUACAACGACACAGAGAAGGGGAUGCUUGCGUCACGUAGUGUGUGUUAUCGCAAAGUCUCGCGAUAUAAGACGGUGGUAUGUUUAUUUGUAGUUAUCGUUGCCGCAAUAUUGAUAACCUUAGGAUGCCUUUCUGAGAGAUUUUGUUUGCGUGAAAAUACGUGUGAAUUGACUCCGGUUCAAACUCCGGAUAGUCUGCAGUUAUGUAAGAAACUGAAAGAGGGAAGCCCGAGAAAGAAGCUACCAGAAGCUCUCAUCAUCGGCGUGCGUAAAGCAGGGACAGGAGCCAUGCGUUUUUAUCUAGAUAUGCAUCCAUAUGUGGAAAUUGCCAAUGCUGAAAUCAGUUUCUUCGAUUUUGAAUAUGAAAAUGGAUAUGAAUGGUAUAAAAACCAGUUGCCAAUGGCAAUGCAAGGUCAAUUAACUAUGGAAAAAACGAGUAACUACUUCCACAAUAAGAAAACUGUGGACCGAAUUUAUAACAUGAGUUCGGCUGUGAAGCUGAUCGUUGUUGUACGGGAGCCAAUCGAACGGACCGUUUCUGAUUACCUACAAAGGAAGCUCAAAAAGAGCGAGAAUGACGAUAUUGAGUAUCCAAAAUUUGAAGAUUUUGUGAUAGAUCAGACCACAGGAGAGGUGGACGGAUCUGAAAAGAUAAUCAAACCUUCAAUUUACUACAAGCACCUGCUCAAGUGGCUCAAGUACUUCCCAUUGGAAAAUUUACAUUUUGUGGAUGGAGGUAACUUGAUUCUUAAUCCGUACGAGGAGGUGAAGAAAGUAGAACGUUUUCUGGGAAUACCUCACUGCAUGACACAAGACAAGUUCGUGUUCAGCUCAACAAAGGGCUUUUACUGCGUUAAAAAGAACAAAGGUCGCAGGGAAGAAACAAAAUGUCUGCCGGAAACAAAGGGCAGACGACAUCCGCUUAUUGACCCGGUCGUGAUGCGCAAGCUGAAAGAUUUCUUUAGGCCUUGGAACGAAAAAUUUUACCGGGCGAUCGGUCGUUCGUUUCAUUGGUGAACGUUUGUGAUAUUAUUCUACUUCUUCAGGCAGCUCUGUCGUUCGUGAUCUUGAACAUUUUAACGUUAACAUUGUGAGUUAUCGUGAUGCCCGUUUGUUUUAGCGGAAAAAAUCGAACAAGUUAUUUCAAACUUAAUUUAAUAUUCUUUACGAUUAUGCACAAUGUGUCUCUUUAAAAAAAAAAAAA